CAUGCAAAUCGUGUUCUGGCCGGCGUAGGCAAUUUGGGGCCUAUUUACUGGUCUGCAACCUUAUUGAAUCUCCCAUGGCAAUUUAGAUGUAGUACUAUCUCACUCAUAAGUUAUUUCCAUACAUAAUAUUCACGUGAUGGCGGUGUCACGUAACUGCGAGAUGUGUUAUGUAUAUAUCACAUCCAUGCCCACCCGGUACCCCUUCUAAAACCUUUGAACAAGAAAGUCAACCACCAUGCACCCUGUUGCUACACCAAAAUAGUCCCCGGACUAUGAGCGGGGCGGUGAGCAAAAGUCUGGAGGGGCCGGACGGCGGAAGGCCCGGCUGGGUAGCGGUCCUCGCACUCUGGACCAGAAACCUCAUGGAGAUCGGCAUUACCAAAGGUCUCGGGAUAAUGCUGCCGACUUUGCAAAUCCAACUGACCUCCCAAAUGUGGAUUCUCGGCUGGAUAGCGUCACUGACAUCCGCAACAGGUGGAUUCGUAGCUCCUUUCGGAGGAUUAGUGAGCAGGCGCUUUGGGGCUGGUUACGUCAUGCUGACGUGUGGCGUUAUGAUGGGUGCAGCGGCCAUUGCCGGAUCGUUCGUCGAGAACUCUCUGCAACUGGCGUUGCUGUACACGUUACUGGCAGGUACUGCCAAAGGUAUAUCUAAUGUCGUUGCAAAGGAGGCUGUCGGACGCUGUUUUACCAAGAACUACGCCACAGCCAAUGGCAUCGCACGGACCGGCUCCUCCGUGAGACUGAUCGUCUUCGCGCCCCUGGUCCAGCUUUUCUUAGACACCUACGGCUGGAGAGGAACCAUGUUACUAGUGGGAGCCCUCAUCAUGCAUUCUGUUGCGAGUGGCGCCGUUAUGGUAGCAACGAGGCAGCCUGAGCUCGAUCAGUCAAACGCAUACCAAACGCUCCCCCAGACCGAACACACUAAUUCGUCAUCAGCACAUGAGAGCACUCUCCAUUCUCACUGUGGCGCAGUCCAACGGAUUCACUUUGGAGGAGGCGGGGUCUUUCCUUUCGUGACCAUCGCGGGCAUUGCGAACCUGUUUGGUAAAAUCAGUCAGGGACCGAUCACCGACCGCGGAGUGAUGUCCUCGUGGACUCUGGUUGCCGUUUGCCUCGCUAUGAGUUCCGUCUCGUACCUUGCCUCCUCUUUGCUGACUUCUUAUUGGCCAAUGAUGACGUCAGCGGUGCUGAUUUUGUUCAGUGACGGGGUCUUGUCCUGCCAGAUGGAUGUUCUCAUCAAGCAGGUUCUUGGUGUCGAGCUAUUGGCGGGUGCUUUUGGCUGGAUCGGGCUAAAGGUGACGCUAUUACUAGUCACUUUGGGAUUUCUGCCUGGUUUGGUUUACGACUUGACCGGAAGUUACACAGCAGCCUUUCUACUGAUAGGCAGCGUGCAGGCUGUACCACUGGUGCCUUUGCUGAUGCUAAGAUAUUCUCAACGGUAGAACCUCGGACAGGUUUUUGCGUUGGAGGGUUUCAUAAUUGACUGUGAGUCAAUCGGAGUUGAAACAGAAGCAUAAGGACAUAAUGUACAUUGAACAAGUGUGCUUUGAUCAAUUAAAGAUUAGUUGCACGCAAUCCUGGCUUUAUGCCUUUUCCUGGCUUUAUGCCUUUUCCUGGCUUUAUGCCUUUUGGUUUGUGUCUGGUGUUGUUGCGAUUUCUAUGGGUGUGGCAAUCUUGCCAUAUCUCGUGUGAACAACAUUCAUCCGAGUAUGAUAAUGCAGCGUGGCAGUGGCGCACCCAGGAUAUGGCUUUUGGAGGGGGGGGGGGCUCACAAUAUUUUGUUCAACAUUUUUAGAAGGUAAAGUUUUGUCAAACAAUUUUGCCCACAAUUUUUGGCCGCAGAAAAAAAUUGGGGUUUUGUUUUUGGGGGCGGACUAUUUUGACGUUGGUGGCGCCACUUACACCCCUAUUAUACUACUCGAAAAUAUAGGCCACAUUAUCACCAAGGUCCAAUCGUGGCAAACCUCGUCCCCGGGGUGUCGAGCAGUACGCGCCCACCACUACCUGCUCUCUCACCCUGGUAUUGGAUUAUUUGCAUGUGCAAGUUUUUUUAACACG